GUUUCCAGCUUACUAGGCAACUUGGCAUCGAGGACUUUUCUCAUAAACAUUUACAAAUAUUCUUCUCUGUAAUGAAGUUAAUCAGUAAACCAUACAACCUCUGGCCUCUAUUGCUCCUUACCUAGUCUCAUUUUCAGUUGCUGUGAGUAAGCUAAGAAUGGUAAUGCAGUUUCAGGGGUUAGAAAAUCCAAUUCAAAGUAGUCCUCGCCAUAGGCACACAUCAUCAGGAUUUAUCAUGGAAAUGAUGAGCAUGAAGCCUGAUAAAGGUGUACUAACAGAACAAGCAGCAGGACCUUUGGGACAGAAUCUAGAAGUGGAACCAUACUCACAAUACAACAAUGUUCCAUUUCCGCAAGUUCAACCACAGAUUUCCUCAUCAUCCUAUUAUUCCAACCUGGGUUUCUACCCCCAGCAGCCUGAGGAGUGGUAUUCUCCUGGAAUAUAUGAACUCAGGCGAAUGCCGGCUGAGGCUCUCUACCAGGGAGAGAUCGAGGUAGCAGAGAUUCCUGUAGCAAAAAAGGCCCGAAUGGGUGCAUCAGCAGGGAGAAUAAAAGGGGAUGAGUUAUGUGUUGUUUGUGGAGACAGAGCAUCUGGAUACCAUUAUAAUGCACUGACCUGUGAGGGGUGUAAAGGUUUCUUCAGGAGAAGCAUUACCAAAAAUGCCGUGUACAAGUGUAAAAACGGGGGCAACUGUGUGAUGGACAUGUACAUGCGAAGAAAGUGCCAAGAGUGUCGCCUAAGGAAAUGCAAAGAGAUGGGAAUGUUGGCUGAAUGUAUGUAUACAGGCUUGUUAACUGAAAUUCAGUGUAAAUCUAAACGACUAAGAAAAAACGUGAAGCAGCAUGCAGAUCAGACCAUUAAUGAAGACAGCGAAGGUCGGGAUUUGCGACAAGUGACCUCGACAACCAAGUCAUGCAGGGAGAAAACUGAACUCACCCCAGAUCAACAGAAUCUUCUGCAUUAUAUUAUGGAUUCAUAUAGCAAACAGAGGAUGCCUCAGGAAAUAACAAAUAAAAUAUUAAAAGAAGAAUUCAGUGCAGAAGAAAACUUUCUCAUUUUAACUGAAAUGGCGACGAGUCAUGUACAGAUUCUUGUAGAAUUCACAAAAAAACUGCCAGGAUUUCAGACUUUGGACCAUGAAGAUCAGAUUGCUUUGCUGAAAGGGUCUGCAGUUGAAGCUAUGUUCCUCCGUUCAGCUGAGAUUUUCAAUAAGAAACUUCCAGCUGGACAUACUGACCUACUGGAAGAAAGAAUUCGGAAGAGUGGUAUCUCUGAUGAGUACAUAACACCUAUGUUUAGUUUUUAUAAAAGCAUUGCAGAAUUGAAAAUGACUCAGGAAGAGUAUGCUCUGCUUACAGCAAUUGUUAUCCUCUCUCCAGACAGACAAUACAUAAAGGACAGAGAGGCAGUAGAGAAGCUUCAGGAACCACUGCUUGAUGUGCUCCAAAAGUUGUGCAAGAUUUAUCAGCCUGAAAAUCCUCAACAUUUUGCCUGUCUCCUGGGUCGAUUGACUGAGUUGCGGACGUUCAAUCAUCACCAUGCAGAGAUGCUGAUGUCAUGGAGAGUAAAUGACCAUAAGUUUACCCCACUUCUCUGUGAAAUCUGGGAUGUGCAGUGAUGAACAUUGAAGGGGCAAUAGCAUCUAGCGCUUUAUUUCCCUCAUAAUAUAAAUCUGAUGUAUAACUUUCUUUUAUUUCAUUUGUACCUGGUUUCACACAAGAAUUUUGACGAAUAUUUAUGCAGUAAUUACAUAACUUCCACAGUUGUAAAUAUAGAGCUAGAUAGGAUGACUUUCUUUAUAUUGUAUUUUACAAGGCUUCAGGGACUCUUUCAUUCUAAUUGGCAUGCCCUGCUUGCCUAAUUAAAUUGAUCAUUCUUUACCUCUAUCUGUUGAAAUAGGGAAAAUUUCAUUUUGCUCUUCAUCUUACCUUAUUUGCAUACAUUUUAUCAAAGAGUUGUGUUCAAUUUUGACAAUAAACUGAACAUAAUGGCAACAGG